UGGGGAUGGGAAACUGGUGAAUAGGGUCGGUCGGGAAAACCGGAAACACAACAAUUGUUCUUGUUACCUUUAACCUAUAAUGUAGGCCAAAAGGUUAAGGGGUCAAAGUCCACCAGGUUAAACAAUCACGUAGAAAUUAGUUGUGAGCUAAAAAUAAACACGGUGAACCAGCGGGUGUUUGUUACAGCGGAGGUACGUCAAGUUGUCGUGAUUUCCAACCGAGGAUAUGUUCGGAAUCUUUGCGCUUAGGCAGCGGCUGUUGUCGAAAGGGGUAGGCGGAAGAUGGCUGCAGUUACACCGAGGAGCAACUACACAAGGACCGGUGAGAAGUCAGACUCCCAGUCACAAGUUUUCAUCUGGACCAGAGGCAGCCUCUACCCAACAGCAGGACGCCGUCAAGCCUUUCUCGGCUCUGCCACAGCCGCUAGGGGGCGUGCCUUCAUUCCUGAGGGUCCUGGUGGCCUGGUGGACAGGCGGUCUCUCCGAAGAAGGACGAUUAAAAACACACGAACGGAUCGGCGAAGCUUUCAAUGCUUACGGUCCUAUAUGGAGGAAUAAAAUCGGGAGUUUUGACAUGGUCCAUCUCUGUGACCCGGAGGCGGUACGUGAACUCUUUAAAGCGGAGGGGAGGUACCCUGAGCGGCUUGAUGUGACACCGUGGCGGCUGUACCGGGAGGACGCCGGCAAAGACACCGCUAUCCUACUCAGCAAUGACAAACGAUGGCACAGGAACCGUACCGUGGUGAGUCGCCCGAUGCUCAGGCCGCAGAACGUGGCGAGGUUCGUGCCGACAGUGGACGACGUGGCUUCCGACAUGGUCCGGCGUAUCCUGUCUGUUAGAGCGGGGGCUGACGGGACAGAAGUACCAGACCUGGAAAGUGAACUCUUCAAGUGGGCCCUGGAAUCCAUCUCAGCUGUUUUGUUUAACGAGCGGAUGGGUCUCCUCAGGGAUAACAUUCCCCAGGACGCGCGGGACUUCAUCACCAGCAUGCACAACGUCUUAACCACAACUAACGACGUCAUGAUACCAGACGCACGGAUUCAAAAACUUCUCAACACCAGGGCAUGGCGGAAACACCAACAAGCCUGGAGCACUGUCUUUCGGAUAGGUGAAAAGGUCAUUGACCGUCAGCUGUGUAGAGCCGAGGAGAGACAAGCCCAGAGUGAUGAAGAUGACGGACACACUGACUUUCUGUCAAUCAUCAAAAAUAGCGAGAAGCUCACCAAGGGAGAGAUCUACGCCAACACUAUAGAACUGAUGGGGGCAGCAAUUGACACAACGUCCACCACUCUCCUGUGGACUCUGUACGAGCUGUCCCGCCAACCUGACCUGCAGGACAAGCUACAUCAGGAGGUCACGAAGGUCAUAGGUCAGGGCAAGGUCGUGACCUGGGACCACCUGAAGGACCUGCACCUGAUGAAGGCUGUCAUAAAGGAGACACUCAGGUUGUAUCCUGUUGCAUUUGUGAUGACACGAGUGGUACAACAGGACACUGUUUUAAGGGGAUAUGAAAUUCCAGCAAAGACUACUGUAAUGGUGAGCAUCUACCACAUGGCCCGAGAUCCUAACAUGUACAAGGACCCGGAGCAGUUCAGGCCCGAGCGUUGGCUCAGGAAUUCAGAAGACUAUGUGGAGACCCACCCCUAUGCCUACCUUCCGUUUGGAUUUGGAACUCGCAGCUGUAUAGGACGGAGAGUGGCAGAAACAAAUUUGCAAGUACUCCUGGCCAAGAUUAUUCAGCGCUUUGUUGUUAAACAGCGAGAGCCCCGAGUUGUCCCUGCUGUGACAAAGACAAUAUUACUGCCGGCAGAGAAAAUGAACAUCUGCUUCAUUGAGAGGUAGUACUAGUCAUCCCCUUUCAUAAGGCAAUGUUGAUUUGAUUAUAUGGAUGAAUUUUUGGCCGUUCCCCCCAAAAGAGUUUGAAA